UGAUCCACAAGGGCGUUUAGCUUCUAGUCUUCAAAGGGAGUGAGUUUGGAGUUCUGGAAGAUUCCUUCGUAUUUUACCUCGAUUUACUUCCAGCAUAUUUUCAAGAAUCCUCCAGAAUACCCCUUAAAGUCUUCAAGAUAUCAUACUUCGCUGAACUUGGGCUUUCUUAGUUUGGAAAUAGCAAAAAAUAUCACAGAUUUGAAAGGCUGUUCUCGACGUUUUUGUUCUGUCGGUCGCCAUGUCUUGGAUUAAACAGAAGAAAGAGCCCGUGGAUCUCUCCAAAUACCAAGAUAUCGAUGAAGAUCUCAUCGUUGAAGGACUUACAGAAGAUGAAAUAAGGGAACUGAAUGCAUCCAUCGACCCCGAGAAUGCCCUUCUCCCUUCACACAUGAGAAAUGAUUACAAAACAGACAAGGCACCUACAGGUCCUUUCAAUCGUGAAAAGUUACUUGAACAUUUAGAAGAGCAAGCAAAGAAUGAAGCUGAGAGAGAGGAUCUCAUGCCAUACAAGAAAGAAACUAGAGGAAAAGUUUUUGUACCAAAGGACACUCAAAAACAUGAAGAAGAACAAGCUCUUCCUGACGAUCUGAGUGAUGUGCUGGAAAAUGCUACAGAAGAAGAACUUCUUGAAUUAGCUGGGGUGCUUGGAAUUCAUCAAAUGCUGACUCAAGCACAGAGUCACCAGGCAGAGAAAGAGUCCUCUGGUCGUGUUUUGAAGGGCAGCGGCUUGAAGAAAUAUACUCCAGGAAUUGUAAUGGGUGCCAGAGUCAAGAAGACAGACCUAACUGCAGUCAAUGAACUUGAUUUAGAAAAAGCCAUGAAAAAGCUGAGGGAAAAUGAUCCAAGUCUGACCAAACUAAACCUUAACAACCAUAAGGAUGUGACGCCGGCAAUUUUGGAAGAAAUUGCUGAUCUAAUGAUGACGAAUGAUCAUCUGAAGCAUCUUGAGCUUUCUAACACUCAGAUGUCAUCCAUGAUUGGCAAGAAAUUUGUAGGUGUACUGAAAACGAACAAGACGCUCAAAACAUUUAAUGUGGAAUCAAAUUUCCUUUCAAGUGAUUUACUUUUGGACAUGGUUAAUGCUAUCAAAGGCAACACUACAUUAAGAGAGUUACGACUUGAUAACCAGUGUGGGACAUUAGGUGCAAAGUUUGAACAAAAGAUUGUCCGCUCACUGGAGGAUAACACGUCACUGCUUAAGUUUAGCCUUAGUUUUGAAACCCAGUACCCAAGGAUACGGGCUGCUGAACUGAUGGUUAGAAACAAUGAUGCAGCUCGUCUCGCCAGAAAUGAUGGUAAAGAUGAUGAAGAGGAUGAAGACGAUGCAGUGGAAGAAGAGGAAGAUGAAGAUGAGGAGGAUGAUGAUGACGAUGAAGAGGAUGAGGAUGAUGAUGAGGAAGGAGAAUAAUAGACUUAGUAAAUUCUAUCUUACGCUAAAACGAACGUACAAUACGUUGAUAUAAAGUAACUUUCCCUAACUUUCCGUUUUAAGUAUUGCGAUUGUAGUUGAACCUCUUGUAUACGAUCACCUAGUAGACCGACCAACGACUCUCUACUCUAGGCGACCACUGUUCAAAUACCUUAUAUAGCAGCGUACACUUUCUUCAUUUAGUGAUUUUGUUAAAAAGUCAAUAAUUCUUGAGGGCAUGUGACGUCAAUGCUACCAUGUUCGAGGAAACCAUGUUCGAAGAACUCAAAUUUGAUAACUAAGAUGAAUAAAGAAAUAAUUGUCUGGGGAUAAAAGUUAAAAAAAAGGAAACUUUUCAAAUAGAGGCACACCAUCGACGAAGGUUAACUGAUCGAAUGCAGACCAGAGAAGAAAGUACAUUCAAACUUCUUGAAGCAAAUUGUACAUUUCCCUUUGAUAACAUUUGCCAUUCUCUUAAAUAUUGUAUUCUGCCCUCCAGCGUCAGGAAAGUUUGUUGCAUCACUCUCACACUUGAUUGUAUAUAUACAAGGUUCAACUUAAUCCAUUUAUCCUUGGGUUUAAAGAUCUCUCCUAACUCCAUACUGUGCAUGGUGUAUGCCUCGAGAUGUUCCCCUAAGAUUAGGAAUAAUUUCAAAUUACUGUAUUACAACCUAUUCAAUUCAUAAAUAAGCUAAAUGUCUAAAAACUACCGAGCGAAUGUCGAGAUAACUGCUUUUCCAGGCUAUUUGUUCCUUUAACUAAAACACUAGUUGAUCAUUUGAGAUUAGUAUUUAAAAUUAGUAGAUGCUGUGUUGUACCCGUCAGGAAUGGCAUGCAAUAGAAUCUCUUUUGUUGAUA